UUUCUGCCCCUGGUCUGAGGGAGGGAGCCCCAGCUGGUGUGGGUCUUCCGGUGUCCACACUCCCUUCUGGCUGGCUGGUGUUCCAGGGACCAAACCAAAGGGCCAGAGCUGCCUGCCCCUGUCAGACUGGCCUCAGGAUCUUCUCUCCUGGCCCAAACCACAUCUGUCCACCGUCAAGUCCACAGAACGUCUCCUGGAACCUCAGAGGCACGAUGCUAGUUCUGCUCUCCAGGCUUGCAUCCUGUUCAGGCUGAGCUCCUGCUCAUUUGUGUGAAGAUCUGUGUCAGGCAGGAGCCCAGAGGCCUGUUCUUUCAAGGAAACCCUCCCAGACAGGGCAGGUGAGGCCGGCUUUUCAGAGGCUAUAGAGGGCCUCUUACAGGAGGUGGACUCCCAUGCUAGGGCUCUCCCAGGGCAGCUCUGGGAGCCACGGAACAGGGUUCACCAAAGUGUUCAGGGAAAGCAGUGGGGGAAUAGGCAAGGGGAUGAAUGACCCAUUGCGUGGCUCUGGCCUCCUGCCCUCUCCCAGGCCUGGAGCCUGGUUCACCCAUCAGGACACACAGAGCCCCCACUUGGGGUUAUACUGCUGGGCUUCUCCCUGGCCCUCCCCACACUCCCACUGGCCAAACCUAAAGUGGGCCAAUGGGGAGAUGGCCCUGCCUCUCUCCAGGAUCCUUAGGCAGGGUCCCCAGAGGGUUGGAGCUCUUUGAUGCCUGCACAGGCAGGUCAGCAGCCAGGCCCAAGUGCUCCUGUUCAGCUUCAGCUUCUCUUCAUGCCAGAGAGAUGGAGGAGGGUAGGGCUACCGUUCUCGUUGCUCGCUUUCUACACCCCGGGAGACGGGUGUAGGCAUUGUGCACCCUCUCUGACAAAUGAGAAUGAGCCACUGAACUCGGGUCGCCCAGAUAGUGACAGGAGACAUCAGUUCACUUCUGGCUCCAGGUGGGCAGCAGGCGUUCACCAUGGCCUCGUGACACAGGGUAGACAAAUCCCUCACAUCAAGUCACGUACAGUCUAGUGGAAACCAAAGCCACCAAUAAAAUGUCAGUUACUGUCCAGUGCUUCGGAGGAAGCGAAACAGGCUCCCUUCCAGGCUGGAGAAGUACCGUUGAGAUCAGAGGAAGUGCCUCAAAGGAGAAGAGUGCCGAGCAGGGGGCGGCCGGCCUCGUGAGUAGCUGCCAGAAGGACCCUCGUAGGAGCAGAAGCCAAGAGUGCAAAAGGGCCUGAGGAAAGCGCAGGCUUGGAAGCCUGAACAAAAAGGAAGUUGCCAUGAUUCUAGUAAUAAGGUGUUGGGAGUGAUGUGCUGCUCCGAGUGCCUCACUACAGUAACCCGGUUUCUCAGGCCUGGAAAGUGAGGCACAGGGGGGCAAAACAACUCGCCCCCAAGGCCGCACAGCUAGUGGAGGAGCCAGGGUCCACCACCAGCUCUGGUCUUGAACCUCACAGCAGCCAGAGAGGUAGGACAUCUCAGAAGCGGAAAGCAGGAGUGGGCAUGACGUCCCCCGGGGAGCUGGGACCCUGGCAGGGGCGGGCCCCCAGCCAGCUCUAGCGAAGCAGGGAUUCGCGGGGGGCACUUCCCUUUGCCUCCACCCAGCAGACCCGGCCCGGGGUCCACAACAGCUAACCAGCUGAUUUAAUCUCCAAGUGCUGGCAGGCAGUAGGGAUCACAGGGCAAGGAUGGAGGGCUCCCCGUAUUGUAAGGGCCCCUGUGCCCUGCCCUGCCCAAGCCCCAGCCCCAGCCCUUCUGUUUUUCGACAGGAAAAGGGUGGGCUGGGGUCGAAGCAGGUGGUGACAAGUGGCAGGUCUGCAGGUGGUUUCUGCGGGCUCUGUGUCUGCACCAGCUGGGCUGUUAGAAGGAGCAGGCGUGAGACGCCUCAGCUGGGGGGUGUUGAACUUGGCACUGGGGGGUGAGGAUUAACCAAGGCAACCCAGGCUACUUCUCACUUCCCUUACCACCUCCUGCCACCUCCCCCCAUAAAUGUUAAUGAACCCGACCCUUCUGCCUCCCAGCUCCCUCUAGUCAAGGGAGAGAGUGGGUCAAAGUUGAGAUAAACUGAAUCUGGACCCAUAAGGGGGUCUAGGCCCCUUGCCCCCACUCUUUUGGCACUUGAUACUUUUCAGGGAGCGUCCACCUCAGUUGAUGCUCGUGGUGGUGGCAGUUUUGACAGCAUCAGUAAUGGCCAUUUCGUAUUUAUAAAUUAGAAAGCUGACACCAGAGAAGUGAAGGGACUUGCGGUGGGUCACGCAGCCCGGAGAGGACAGGACCUGGGGAUGGGGAGAAAAAUCCAUGGAACACUCUCCAUGCUGCCUCGCCUCUUGGAGCCCAGCACUGGCCUUCCCAUAGGGGUAAAGGAGCAAGCUGAGUCAGAAAGCCAGGCCUGCAGGUGCACAAAUGGGAAGGGACAAGGAGCAGAUGUCGCACCAUGAAACUGGCUACCCAGCCAUGCCCCAGAGCCCCCUGGCACAGGCCCCUGGCUGAGCCCCAAGGCCAAGCUUGACUGCUGGCAUCUGUUACCAUGGAGACCCAGGCCGGGCUGGGGGGCUGGCCAGUGACAACAUGCCCCUCCCCCACCGACAGGAACCAGGCAGUCAGGCUCAAAGGGCAGAGGACUGGAGCCCAGACAGUGCGCUAGGUGGCACUCCCCACACCUGACGCUUGAUUUAAUUCCAUCCCCCAGCUCACCUGCCCAUCCCAAACUCCAAGCCUGAACUGUCCUUCCAGCACUUGCUCUCUCACCUGUCAUCCCAGGACUGAGGGCCGGAGGGGGUUGCCUUGAGUCCCCCACCUGGGAGCUAGCAGCUGGCCAGACAUGGGGGAGGUCACAGGCUCCCCAGGAGACAGAGCUGGAGCAAGCACCAACCACAGCGGAGACGGAGACGUAAAUUCAGGAGCUUCCACAGAAGAGACAGAGUUUAAAUUGGGCCCCAAAAGGAACAAAUGUGGAAAAUGGAAAUGACCGGGCGAAAGCAGAGAAGCAGCUCAGGCUGGGGCAUGCUCAGAAAAUGAUGAGCACUGGACUGGGAGUCUGGGCACCUGGUAGCUUGUCCGAGUCACGCCACUCACUCACUAGCUGCGAGACCCCCCUGGGCCUCACCAGUGGGUGAGGAGGCUGGACCAGAUGCAGAAUGUCUAAGACCCCUUCUGGUUCUGACACUAUGAUUCCAGUAUGGUUCCAACCAACCCUGGACUCCCCCAGGGACAGGGCUACCACUGCACCCCCAGGCCAGUGCAGGCUCAACAGGGCCUUGAGCCCCUGCAGGGCGCUGGGGCGGAGCUGGGAGCCAGGUGCUGGGGCUGGACAGCUGGAGGUGGCCAGGAGGUGGCCUUGGGGCUGGUCUGUGGGGGGGGAGGGGUGGCAGACAAUUUUGUGGAUUGACGUAGCUCAGGAAGGUGAGAAGGAGGCUUGGAGGUGAGAGUUUCGCCCUCCUGCUCAUCUCUUUAGGUAAAUAUAUCCACAACCAGCAUUUCCCCUUCUCUCUCCAUCCUGGGGGCACUUAGACAUCCGGGGAGCCCAGAGCUGAUGUGUGAGCUCUGCUUCCCUACGCGGGGUGGAGGGGCUUCCCUCAGAGAUCCCCCCCAAAGCCAGAAGCACGAGCUCCCUUCUACAGUCACCAUCACCCACCUUCCGUGGGGAAGGAACAGUUAGAGUUCCUGGUCACCAGCUUCCAGGACCUUGGUGACUGAAGCCUGGAGGGCAUGCACACAGCAGACAGGCUCCAGAGAGACCCACGUGGAAUAGAAAGAGCACUGACUUUAGGAACCUGGAUCUACCUACCAUUCACUAGCUGGGUCAUUCUGAGCAAACUACAUACCCCUGUGCCUCAGUUUCCUUCUCUGUCGAAUGGGGUAAUACCGGCAGGGCAGGACCAGGGGUCCUGUGAAGAGGCCGGUGGGCACUUCACUCCAGGCAGCUGCUGCUGCCGCCAGGCUGGGGUGGAGGCCCGGGGGGUGGCUGCUGCCCGGGCGGUGGAUGGUGAGCGAGGCCCAGGACAUAGGACGCCUUUGACGUCUGCUAGGUGCAGUCAUCUCCUGCGGUCCUCCGACGUGAGGAGGCAUCUCUCAGGAGGCAUCUCUCAGAGAAAAAGGUCCCGGGCCCAGAGACAAGUAGUUGGUGCCAGUGCGCCAGUCUGUCUUUUCUGAGACGGCAGGCCAGCUUUCUGGAUUCCUCGGGGUCCCUCCACAGCCCUACCUGCACCUUGUCCCCCAUCCCUGGCCCCCAACCUGUUGCACCCACUAUUUGCUGCCAGUCGGGACAGCCUUAACACCUCCAUCCCGGUGGCCAGACAGCAGAGGGGGGGGCAAGGGGUGACAGAGGCAGUGGAAGCAGGCGCUCCUAGCCAAGCCCACCGCCUGCCCCCUGGAGGGAGGCUCCUCCUUUUAAGGCUGCUUCUGGGAAUUUCCACCCCCAGAGCCAGACUCAGCAACCCCUGGCCCCGGAAUGCUACCUGGCUCCCACUUGGGGAGGUGGGGCAUCAGACCUGAGGGCAGGAGAAGCUGGCCCUGGGAGGGGAGGAGGGGCCCUCCAGUCCAGGUCUGAGGGUCAGGAAAAACCUGGGAGACCACAGGGGCAGCCUCCUUAGCCAGCAGCUCCAUCCCCUGUGCUCGGGGAGCCCCCGCCAGCGGCUGCUUUGCCGGCUCACUGGCCGGGAAGGUGGACACCUCACACCUCAGUCUCCCAAUUACGCCCUCCUCCCCCACUCCUCCUCCCCUCCCUUCUCUCCUCCUCCUCCCCUCUCUCUCCUCCUCUCCCCCCUGAAAACCUGUGGCUUGAAGAGACCUUGGCUUCUCUAGGACUCUACCCCUGGGGAACUGCCCAUAUCUGCUCCUGAGUUUGGGGGCAGGGGGGCAACCGCCCCAAGAAAUCUCUCCGGCGAUGGGAGCCACCCGCCUGCUGCCCAACCUCACUCUGUGCCUGCAGCUACUGAUUCUCUGCUGUCAAACCCAGGGGGAGAAUCACCCGUCUCCUAAUUUUAACCAGUACGUGAGGGACCAGGGCGCCAUGACCGACCAGCUGAGCCGGCGGCAGAUCCGUGAGUACCAGCUCUACAGCCGGACCAGUGGCAAGCACGUGCAGGUCACCGGGCGUCGCAUCUCUGCCACCGCGGAGGACGGCAACAAGUUUGCCAAACUCAUAGUGGAGACGGACACGUUUGGAAGCCGUGUGCGCAUCAAGGGUGCUGAGAGUGAGAAAUACAUCUGUAUGAACAAGAGGGGCAAGCUCAUUGGAAAGCCCAGCGGGAAGAGCAAGGACUGCGUGUUCACGGAGAUCGUGCUGGAGAACAACUACACCGCCUUCCAGAAUGCGCGGCACGAGGGCUGGUUCAUGGCCUUCACGAGGCAGGGCCGGCCGCGCCAGGCGUCUCGCAGCCGCCAGAACCAGCGAGAGGCCCACUUCAUCAAGCGCCUUUACCAGGGCCAGCUGCCCUUCCCCAACCACGCCGAGAGGCAGAAGCAGUUCGAGUUCGUGGGCUCGGCCCCCACCCGCCGGACCAAGCGCACGCGGAGGCCACAGCCCCUGACGUAGUCAGGGACACAGGGGGCAGCGGCCCCUCACCAGCCUUCCCAUCCCCUUCCCUUCCUAAUCCCAAGACUGGGCUGGGGUGGAGGGAAGGGAACCGGAGCCCCCCAAGGGGGACCCUGAGGACCAAGGAGCAGCAGCGAGGCCUCAAGCUGGAUGGGGCGGGACUGUCACAGACCAGGGCUGGGGCCUCAGGGCAGCCGCCCCAGACCCGACAGGGGGGUGGAGGUUGGGGCAGACCCCCGGGGCCAGGAGCUGCAGCGGGACGGGACUCGGGCUCCCCGAAGCAGGUGGACAGGGCAGCAGAUUCCGGGCCUUGGCACACGCCGCCUGGAGGAGGCCCUCUUUAAACCCUGCCUGCGGAGUCUUCCUCAGUCUGCCCCCAGCCUCCAAAUCCCUCCUGGCCAGACUGUAGGAAGGGACUUGUCUGUGUGUGUGUUUCAGGAAAAAAAAAAAAAAAAAAAAGAAAAGAAAAAGGGAAGAGAGAGAGAGGAAAAAAAAAAAAAGAGGGAUGGUCAUUUUUCACAUUCCAGCACCCAGGCCUGCACCCCCAUCCCCAA